AUAAGACUGUCGGAUGGUAAAUGCGCCGGGACAUGUUUUAAAAUUUCGAGUCCCGAUACCGAUUUUACACCUUACAUCAUAAUAUAGCAGUAUAUACUAUAUAAUAGACAGUAAACAGUGAACAGUAGACAGUUGCAGUAUAUGAUCUAAGAUUUACACGCGUGGGCGCGCUGCUCACAGGCCGUAAUCGAAAAUAUACCGUCAACACCAGCAACAAAAAUAUUAAAGAAAUGCCUAGAAAAAAGAAAGACACCAUGAACAACAAAAAACCAUACACAUCAAAAAAUACUGCAUCCAAACAACCUAAAAGACCUGUUUUUAAAUUUGAUAUGAAUGAAAUCGUGAAAAGAAGACAAUUAGAAGGAAAGCUUUUGGAACAAACUGCUAAACAAGAGGAAGAGAUGAAAGUUAUUGAUAAAUUGUAUCAAGAACAACUUAAUCAGACUAUUGAUUUCGAAAGCAAUGAAAAACUCCCUCUUGUAUCAACCCAUUUUGAUCCUGAUGACUUCUCCAAUUAUAAUAUACCCUUUAAAGAGAACUCAGACUCUGAUUUCAAAAAAUUGUGUGUACAACGCUUACAUAUUAUGUCAAUUGAAGGAAAUGAACUUCAAGCCAACAUUCAUUUUAACCAUUUGUUGAGAGCAAAUUGGUCUCCAGGAUUUGAUAACGUCCAAAAUAUUUUAUGCAAAUGGCGAGCUGAUUUGGAUACUGUACCUAGUGGUCCACCCCUGGAGUAUCAAAUAAAAGAUUAUAAAAACAUUAGACGGCACAAUUUUGAAUUAGUAAUAAAUUUCAUAUCUUACUGUAUAUUGAAAAAUAACAAGAAAUAUAGUGUUGAAGAACUACUAACAAUCGCUAAGUAUACUGUUAUGAUAUACUUUCACAUGUGCGGACAAUUAAUGAUAAAUGUGUUACAAAGUUUAUUUACUGCUUGUAUCAACACAGCGUUGAAAGAAGACAAUGAUCAUGCUAUCAUAGCAUUUGCUCAAGAAUUGUAUUCAGAACACAAUGAAGAUGAUUUAUUAAAUAUGAUAGUUGAUUUAUUUCUACCUUUGGAAGGACCAAUAAUGAAAAAAAUGUAUACCUAUAUAACAUACAAACUAUUUAAGUCACUGUUAGGAAAAACUGACAAUGAGGAUACAUUUCCGUCUAGCAUCAAAGAAUGGUUUGUACAAGAUGUGGUAGAUAAAAAUUAUUUCAAAAAAACUCCGAAGAAAGUAUUGUCCAGUGUCGUGCAAUUGUUAGAACAUGUAGUGUUUGUAUUUGAUUUAUAUAAAGAAGAAAAAAAACUGGAAGACAUGUAUAACUUUCUGCAUGCUGCGGUCAAACCAAGUGGAUUGUCAGAUUCGAUGAGACUCGUCAAUGUAUUAGAUCAAUGGAGGUUACAGUUAUUCCGUUUAUAUGUCAACCGUAAAAGUGAUUGCACACUUGAAAAUAAUGACAUUACUAAUAAAUAAGUAUUAAUUUAUAAGCAAAAAUUGAAUAUUAACCACCCUUUUUAAAAUUUAUUUUUUGUAUAUGAAAUGCAUGUCAUUAGAAUAUAGAUAAAUGAAUAUUUGACAAUUUAACGUUGUCUUAAUUUCAAAUUGUAUUUUUGUUAUAUUCAUUUAUUAUAUUGAUGUAUCCUCAAAUCAUUUAUGUAAUUACUAAUAU